GUUUGUGGAAAACGUUAUUGAUUUAUUGAUUAAUUCCGAUGUGGUCGGCAGUGAACUGUCUGGAUGUGCACGUUGCGAAGGAUCCAGACCGAGUGGCACUGAUUUGGGAGAAGGAUGAGCCUGGAACCGAGGAGAGGGUCACCUACAGAGAGCUGCUGGAGUCGACCUGCCGGCUAGCCAACACCUUAAAGAGUCACGGUGUGCGGAAAGGUGACCGUGUGGCCAUCUACAUGCCCCCGUCUCCCAUAGCAGUGGCGGCCAUGUUGGCGUGUGCGCGCAUUGGGGCUGUGCAUACUGUGGUGUUCGCUGGUUUCAGCUCCGAGUCUCUGGCUGGAAGGAUUCAGGACGCCCAGUGCAAGGUCGUGGUCACGUGUAAUCAGGGCGUGAGAGGCGGUCGUCUCAUCAAUCUGAAAGCCACAGUGGACGGCGCGGUCAAGAACUGUCCAUCAGUGAAGCAUGUGUUUGUGGCACAGAGGACAAGUCACAGCAUGCCUAUGGGCGAACUGGACAGGCCUCUGGAAGAGGCUAUGGCCAGAGAGUCUGCUGAGUGUCCUGCGGAGCCUAUGGACAGUGAGGAGAUGCUCUUCAUGCUCUAUACUUCAGGCAGCACAGGAAAGCCUAAAGGCGUUGUCCACACACAGGCUGGCUACCUCCUCUACGCCUCUCUCACGCACCAGUAUGUGUUCGACUACUCUCCGGGAGACGUUUUUGGCUGCGUGGCGGACAUCGGCUGGAUCACAGGUCACAGUUACGUGGUGUACGGGCCUCUGUCCAACGGGGCCACCACCGUCCUGUUUGAGAGCACACCUGUCUACCCUGACCCAGGUCGGUACUGGGAGAUGGUGCAGCGGCUGAGGAUUAACCAGUUCUAUGGAGCUCCUACAGCUAUCAGGCUGCUACUGAAGUACGACAAGACCUGGGUGACAAAGUACGACAGGUCUUCCCUCAAAACGCUUGGAUCAGUGGGAGAACCCAUCAAUCGUGAAGCAUGGGAGUGGUUUUAUGAAGUGGUGGGAGAUAGACGAUGCCCCCUAGUGGACACCUGGUGGCAGACAGAGACGGGAGGAGUGUGCAUUGCCCCUCGUCCAGCCGAGAAAGGAGCUGAGAUCCGGCCUGCUAUGGCCAUGAGGCCUUUCUUUGGUAUCCAGCUCACUUUAAUGGGAGAGAAGGGGGAGACCAUAACAGGAAAUGAUGUCAGCGGAGCUCUGUGCAUCAGCAAGCCAUGGCCUGGCAUGGCCAGAACCAUAUUUGGAGACCACCAGAGAUUUGUAGAUGCGUACUUUAGACCCUUUCCUGGUCAUUAUUUUACCGGUGAUGGAGCGUGCCGCUCUGAGGAAGGAUACUACCAGAUAACCGGACGGAUGGAUGACGUCAUCAACAUCAGCGGCCAUCGACUGGGCACUGCCGAGAUAGAGGAUGUCCUGGAUGAACACCCAGACGUUCCAGAGACUGCAGUUGUUGGCAUUUUUCAUGACAUUAAAGGAGAGGUGCCGUUUGCCUUUGUGGUGUUGAAGGAGAGCACUGCUAAAACUCAGGAAGCUGUGGUUGAGGAACUGAGACAGCUGGUGGCCUCUAAAAUUGCUAAAUACGCUGUGCCUGACCAUUUCUUGGUGGUAAAGCGACUUCCGAAGACACGGUCGGGGAAGAUCAUGAGGAGGAUACUGCGGAAGGUUGCCAUGGAUCAAGCAGACAGUCUUGGAGACGUCUCCACUUUGGAUGACCCUUCCGUCGUCACAGAGAUCGUCCAGGCACACAAACUUUACAGCAGCCAGUCAGCCAAGGCAUGAAAGCGUUGGAGCAUUCCUUAAUAUGAUAUGUAAGCCAUAUGAAAAUCACGUGAACAAAUAGUCCACAGUGUGUUUGAGGAAUGUGAUUAAGGGAAGAAAUGCAAUAAUUCCAUCCACAGGCCUCAGAUGUUCACUGUCGGUGUUGAAUUAACCAACACUGGUGCUUCUAACUAGGAUCACCACUGUUAAUUAUGCUAGUCAUUUAGUAACUGAGCCUUUACAAGAGAAACGAGAGAAAUGCAACUGACUGAAGAUUAACAAACCAUGCACACCCUUUCAGAGAUCCCAAAGUACCUUUUUGAAAAAAAAAUAGACUUUAAAAUGUAAAACCACUGUGUGACACAUGCAGUCCUAUAGCAAAAGUUGCAUGCCCUAUAAUUCCACAUUUUGUUGAAAAUAAGUGGACACAUCUACAGAGAACACACUUCUGCACAUUUUAAUGCUCAAUUACUGUUUAUUUGCUGAAUUUAAUAUGUUGGGGAAACAAAUAAAACAUAAAAUAUGCCCUCUGGCACAUUUUAGAUAUGAGUUUUUUCCAAUAUGCAAAAAAAUAGAAAUUAUGCACUAAAAUUAGCAGGAAAAUGGCAUAUUUAAGUGUGUCCCCUGUGAGGAUGUGUUCAUUUAUUUUCAUUUGGAAAAUCUACAAAUCAUAUCAUUUAUGACCCUGGGGGUGUUUUUUAUAAAUGGGUGUCCAGUAGGAGAAUUUAACACAUACAUUAAUAUCAUACAAACCACCAAUUAAUUAUUGCCAAUUUUUUGAAAGGGUAAUUUUUUUAAAAGUGAUUUUUUUUAAACUAUUAAUCGUAACAGCCCUGUUUGCAGCGCACAAUAAUAUAUUUCAAACAGUGUGAAUUUUACAGUACCGAUACGGACCUGCUCUAAUGUGCCAUUACGCCUUUUUAUGUCAGUGAUGUCCAAAUCUGCUCAAACCCACUCGGUUCAGGUCAUAAAAGUGUUUGAUCAUUAGCUGAAUUGUGGUAUCAGAGCAGAUAAAACACUAAAUCCUGCAGAGCUGUGCCAACCUAGACUGGUUUUGGAUACUGUCAGUUGUACAGAAUGCAGUCUGCUUUUAGGACGUCAGCUGUGAAUUAAACUGUUCUAGAGAAAAUGGGCUUCUUUAGGUGAUAAAACAGGGAAUAUUUUAACCACCCAGAGUGUUCUUGUGCCUUAUGGAGCUGAACUGCCACGUCUCAGAAAAUCGUCCAGCUAUAAUGCUAAAAUAUAAUAAACUGCAAUCAUGAGUAGAAUUAUGUUUAAUCACUAUCGGAACAAAACUUUGUAUCUCUGAAAUGGUAAUUUUACAGGAGAAGAAUAAAGCCUUCCUAACUUUUAAUGUAAGUUAAUGUAAAUAUAAUUUUGGACCACUUCUGUUUGCCCAUUCAUCAUGAUUUUUUUAUGCAGUGGACAGGUCAGCUGGUGUUUUCUAAUUAUGUAAGAAAAGUAAAAAAAAAAAGAAAAUAGAUACAAGGUUUUGUUCCUGCAGCUGCGAUUUGCUCCUUCGGUUAAAAUGCAUCACUUGCCAUCAUUCACUGCUAUAUAGAAGAUGGAACUGUUCAAAUGUGGCUGUUUCAACAAAGGUCCAUGUAUUAUGAUCUCAGCAGAUCAGACUGUGUCAGGAAUAUUGCAUCAGUAUUUGUAAUGCUUUUCCACUCUUGCUUGUACAAAUUAAAUGUGAACAGAAUGUCUUUUCUAA